AUGGUCUCUCGAGCCGAAGUGGCCGAGCAUUCGCGUGGCGCACGCUCCGUAACUUCGAGAACAUCCCGUUCAAGGCACCAUCAUCACCGUGGAGCAACACAAUAUGGCGGAUCAACACAUGUUCCGCAGAAUGAAUUUCCCUUCUUCUCCCACUCAGGCGAUGUCGAGCUCGUCUUGUCAUGCGACGGUCAGGAGAAGAAAUACCUCUUACAUCGAUUUACCCUGGCGCAAUUCUCGGGCUUCUUUGAAGCAAGCACGAGCGCCGAAUGGUCGCAGAGUACAACUCUGCCGCUGAAUUCGACGGCGCCACUCGCGGCCCAGGCUCUGAGUGCCAUAGGUGAAGAAUCGUCCCAGUUGAGUACGAUUCCUGGACCCCUAGUGGCGGCAGGACCGGCGUCCGUAGCUGAAAUGACAGGGACCACGGCUCAAUUGUCAUCGACCUCAACUCCGCGCCGAAGGUUUCGAUACGAACUCGAUUGGGAAAAUCUGGAAGAGGAUGAUGAACCUAUCUUGGUCAAACGUACACCAGAAGGACCACUUUUCCGCCCAUCUCAACCUCCUCCUCUAUCACAACAGCAAAGGCCGAGACCACAGCCGACUCACACAUCGUUCUUCCGCUCAAUGGCCAACCUGGCUCUAUCUCAUCAUGGACCAGCGUCACAGUCCACUGCGCAACUCGAUAAUACCAUUCCAGAUCCCACACUCACAAAUCCCUUGUUGCGCGACUACGACAACCUGUUCCGCAUCUUCUACAAUUUUCCCCCAGUCUUGAACUCCAGCAACAUCGCCUCGGCCUAUUCAGAAUGUAAAGCCUUAUUGUCACUCGCAGAUAUGUACGAUGCUCUUCCGGUGGUAGGACCACGCAUCGACCAUCACCUGCUCCGUUUCUCAAGUCGACUCUUCAAGCAGAUCGCGAAAUACCCCCCGAGUUAUCUCAAACUGGGAUAUCUCGCCCGAAGCAAGAUUAUAUUCUCCGAAGCUCUUACACACGUCGUUGGCCAAUGGCCGUCCGCAUCGCCUUAUCUGAAACCACCCGAUCAUUCGGGAGGUGGGUAUGAAGUGCCCAUCACUGUGAUCCAUCUCAUUGAGGAUCUGGUGGAAGAGCUGGAGGAGAUGAAGCAGAAGAUCGAGACGAAAUUGUUUCGGUUGACGUUGACUACAUCCCGCGGGGAAAGAGUUAACCCGUCCAACGAUUAUCUGGGUUGGCUGGCCAUGAGUUUAUGGAGACAGUGGCUGGCAGAGAACACGACACCUGAAGUCCGAGGAAUUCUGAAGAACGGGCCAGGCUCUAGACCUGGCACGGCGAAUAAUAACAAUAAUAACCCACAGAAUCCCAACACGUUGGCUCCAGCGCAAAAUCCUGGACGACCAGGCCCUCCACAAACGCUAGCACCUCCACCUCCAUCUCCAAUUCAAACAGGCCGCAUCUUCCGACUAAUCGGCAGCACGAACCCCGAAUCCUUCCUCAACCAUGACGAACUGAAACGCUUCCUGAAGAUCCAACCACCAGGCACGACUUCCGCCUCGGCGACGCUGUAUACACGUGAUAAUGUCCGUCGGUUCGAGCGCAAGAUCGACGAAAUCAAGAAUGUCGCUCGCGAUAUCGUCAAACCCUUGACUAGGAAUUGUCUCGAACUGGAUCUCCGCAUGUUGGCCGAUGGCGGUGGUGGUGGGCUCGGGUAUCUCACUUGUACGCGCGUCGAGGAUGCGGAUAUGCCCUGGGAGACGUGA